AUGUACAAUUUUACAAAAAUAGAUAUUGACUUAAAAGAAGCAAUUGAUUUACCUAAAAUUAGUGUUGAUCCAAUUGAAUGUUUACGUGAAAAUAUUUAUGAAAACUUCAAACAAAUGUUCAAAGAAGCUGAGAAAAUGGCUGAAAUAGUAGGUAUCACUAUUUCAAUUAAGCGUUUGAGUCAGCGAAGCAAACAUACAGCUAAAGAAGAAGAAGGUUUUUUUGAAAUUUUAAUAAAUGGACAUUUACAUAACAGUAAACCGAAAUUCCGUGAAUUUUUCCGUAUAAAUUAUGACCAGUUUAUGUUCAUUCUAUCAUUGGUAAGGGAUGAUAUAACAUUACCUCCAUCUAGACGAGUUAAAAAACCAAUUCAACCUGACGAAAAAUUAGCAGUUACUUUAUGGUAUCUUGCAACAGGGGAAUCGUUUAGGUCACUGUCGUUUGCAUUUAGGAUUUCACAUAGUUAUAUCAGUCUAAUUGUCAAAAAAACACUGUCAGCUUUAAAAAAACAUUUAACACCUAUAUUUCUUCCUGAUAUAUCAACCGUAGAUUUUAAUGUCAAAGCUUCAGAAUUUUGGACAAAAUGGAAUUUUCCAAACUGUAUUUUGGCAAUUGACGGAAAACAUAUUAGAAUAAGAAGUCCUAACAACACUGGAUCACUUUUUUUUAAUUAUAAAGAUUAUUUUUCAAUUGUACUGCUCGCUAUGGUUGACGCCAACUACAAAUUUAUUGCUGUAGACAUUGGUUCGUUUGGUAGAGAAGGUGACAGCGGAAUAUUUUUAAAGUCGAACAUGGGUAAAAAAAUAUUAGGUGGGUCAUUUGGUUUUCCAGAAGCAAAAAAAUUACCAGGGUCAUCAACAAUUUUACCUCAUGUUAUUGUGGGGGAUGAAGCCUUUAGGCUUCACACUCAUAUAAUGAAACCAUAUACAAGACAAGCCUCAAAAGAUGAUAAGACAAAGUCUAUAUUUAAUUAUAGAUUAAGUUGUGCCAGACGAGUGACGGAAAAUGCGUUUGGUUUAUUGAGCCAGGUUUUUCGCGUCUUUUAUCAGCCUAUAAACAUUGAACCAUCGACAUGUGAUGACCUAAUCACAGUAGCUUGCUGUUUGCAUAACAUGCUAAGAGAUGCAUAUUUAGAAGAAAAUGGACGAGCAUUUAGAGAAUUUGAUUCAAGAGAACCGGUACCAAUUAACAAUAUAAUUCCAAUUACAAGAGAACGCUGA